ACUAGCAAUCAUCAUCCCCUUCCAGCGCCCCCUCGCCCCUCUCUCCUCCCCACUGCCCACUUCCAUCGGCGGAAGCCGGAAAUAAAUCAGAGGGCCCAUUGGAAUAUCGUUAACGGGAUGUACACUGGCAGCGGGAUGAAUUAACUGCUGGAUUUCUUGGGAGAUUUGAGAGGGAGGUGAUAACAGUCUGCUUCGCCUGCUCUCUCUCCUCCCCAGGACACCAGAAAGAAGUGAUCUUUCUCGCCCCCUCUUGUUCUGGAACGAGAUCCUCUAAUCCUCGACUCUCCUCUGCUUGAGGCACUUUCCCCACCCCACCGCCGCUGGAUUUUGCCGUCACGCGGUGCAGCCCUUCGCGUCGACGGGCAAAUCGGCUGCCGGAUGAACUAAAGUUUGUGUUAUGAUGGGAUAGGUGUGCUCCUGCUCGCGUCUCUGGGGACAUCCGGCGCUACAUGUGGAGCUCACCUUUCUCCGGCUAGCGUUGUGUCAGGGGGAUUGUUUCUUGGUCCCUCGGGAGCUGGUUGAGUUGUCUUUCGUUUGUCGGAAAUCUGUGCGGCAGCCUAAAAUUGCUGAUUCGGGGGUUUGGAUGGCACCGGUGGGGAAUCAUGUUGUGGACAUCAGCUCCGAUGAGGAGGACUUGUUCAUGGGCACUUCACUAAAACUCCCCGAACCCCUCGACCCCCCAGUUAACUUGUCACGGUUUAUGGAUCACAUCUGCGGUGUGGCUGAUUAUGUGACCGGGGAGGAUAUCGAUGACCUCAUGAUUAUGAAUGAGAUAUCUGCUCCACCGGUGUUGCAUAAGACAGCCAACGCUGAUGAGCUCGUGGUUAUGGGUGAGUUCUCCUCGCCACCUGCACUGCAGCAGAAGAAGGCCAGUGCUGAUGGUGUGUGCCAUGAGGAUGAACCUGCACUGCAGCAGAAGAAGGCCAGUGCUGAUGGUGUGUGCCAUGAGGAUGAUGAUGAUUGUGUAGUUCUAGAUGGUGACCCUGAUAAGGUGGUUACAGUUGCUGAUGCGGGGAGCGCGGGAGAUGGCAGUUCGGAUGAAUUGCAGAUAGUCGCGGAGAAAGGCCCGAUAGCAUGCAGGGACUUCCCUCAUUCGCGCCAUUUAUGCUCAAACUUGCCUUUCAGCACUACUACUCACGUGAAGCAUUGUACCAUGUGCCACUGUUUUGUAUGUGACGCUCCAGCUCCUUGCAAAUAUUGGGGUAACAGUAACUCAGCUGAUGAUCAUUGCCAUGCUACAGACAAGGAUUCAAAAUGGAGAAACAUGAGGCAAACAUUCAAGAAAAAAUUGUUGCCAGCAUCUUUUCCAGAAAAACACCAGAACGGCGUUUACUCAACAAUGUCACCACCCAGACAGUGUCAUGUUUCAGUCCCACAAUCGCCUCCCAUAUCACAUGGGAGUCACCCUUCUCUUUCCAUCCAAAGCCCUCUUCUUAAUGAAGGGAGCCAAAACCGACAGAGACAUCCCUCAGUGAGAGUCUCACUGAGUGUAGAGGCAACAGUAGGUUCUCCAAGAGCUGGAAGAGGUACUGGCAAUGCUCAUGUUGCUCAAAGUACUCGUUCCCAUGCAAUAUUUAAAAGAGCAGGGGCUGUUGCUCCAAUCUUUGCAACAAGAAAUGCUAGCCAAUUUUGUCCUUCUGGUCCAGAUGAUCUGCUUAUGCCGCAGGCAUUGUCUCAUGCAUCUCAGCCUGUUCAAGUUGCACCUACAACCAAUGCUUUCACUGGCACUUCUCAAAAUAACCGUUUUCAGAGAUCUUUCAGUGCACCGAUAGCACCUCAGGUGCAACAAGGUCAACCUGCAGGAUAUUAUGAGGUUGCCAUAAAUGGAGUGCACGCCACAGGGCCGCAACUUGCACGGUCCACCUCGGCAACUCAGAGAACACAAUGCCUCCCAGAACCAGCAAUAAUAAUAGAUGUUGGCACAUCAAGCUGGCAAGACAUACUUGCUACUGUGGCAUCUGAUCUGGGGGUAGAAGAUUACAAUAUGGGCAUCCCUGAGUCUCAGCAUGUAACGGUUGACUCUCAAACCAUGCAUCCCACUGCAAAUCAUGGGUUCCGUCUUCAGAAUGAGCCCAUUGCAGAAUCGAAGAACUUCACAUAUUCUCUUGUGCAUGAUUCAGCAGGUGGCAGUGUUCAGGCAGAUGGUCCUAUGCAAACAUCGGAGAAUUUGGGCCAUCUGAUUGGCCAGAGCAAUCCUGUUCCAAAUGAAGCUCACCUGAAUGACUUUUCGGGUGCCCCUGCUGAUGAAUUACCUAUAGAAGAUGCAGCUCAUGAGCCUGAGAUACCGAACAUUUUGCUUCAGUUCGAUUGGGAUUAAGCCAUGACCUGCCUAGUUGCCUCAGCUUAUCCUGAACCCAUGAAUAAUAAAUCGGUGCCAUUGACAUGCUCCUUUCUAGGCCUCCUACAAUAGGAGACAAGGGUGGUGCCCCUUGUACAGUAAGUAGGCUAUGUACUAGAAGAGUUUCACUGUCAUGUUGUCUGUUAUCAUAGUGAUCGUAUUUGCCUCUUAGGGCUCAUCAGAAGUUAUGGCUCUUCGAGCCUUAGAUGUUAACAUGUAUCCCUCCCUGAAGCAUAAGGUUGUUGGGGGGGAUGUUGAGUUCCUAUUACCAUACUGUUGGUCGAAUACCUAUGGUUUGGGAUCUGAUGCCAAAAUGCAUGUCCAACCACUGGUCUACCUUUUUUACAAUGUGAGGUUUUAAGGUACAAAUGAUUGAUUUGGAUAUCAGAUUUCCGUAUUGCUGAUCAAA